ACGUUUUCUCUCACGGCUGGUUGGUUCCUAUCCACACAAAGACGCGUUUAUAAACCCAACUUCCCUUAAAAAAAUAAGUCUCACGAGUGAAGUCAACAUUUUCCCAGAGGCAGUGGAGAAGAUUUAAAGUCUGUUAUCAGACAUGCGUUUUGUUCUGGCGCUCCUGAGCGCGCUGCUCACUCUGUGUGAGGGAGAUGUCGGGGAUUUCUCGCCGUGUUUGCGCUUCUUCUACCGGGCUCGGCCACCCACAGGCAUCGUGGGAACUCCGAUCUGUCAGCGCUAUGGGAACCUCUACCAUUUCGCCACGCUGUACAGCCGGGAGCGCCGCACGCCCUGGUUCUCCGGGUACAUCUUCUCCAUGCCGCAGGGAAAGCGCCCCAGAGGCGAGUGGAAAUACGAGCCACAGCUAGCCAACUCCAAGGCUGACGGCAACAUGGUUCGGUUCCCGAUUCCGCCUGCCAAAUUGGACCAGAAUGUAGUGGAGAGCCAGGCAGUCCAAAAGGACUAUACCAACUCCUCCUACACACGUGGCCACCUGAACCCCAACCAGCACCACAAUGACACCAUUUCACGCCGCGCCACCUUCACCCUCACUAACGUAGUCCCGCAGAAGGCUGAAUCCAAUCAGGGUCCAUGGGCCAAACUGGAGAAUCACGUCAGCAAGAUCCUCCAGACAUACUGCCUGGGUGAGGCGUACAUAGUGACUGGAAUGAUUCCAUAUGAAAAAGACCGCUGGCUGAAGGACGAGGGCAGAGUGGCCAUUCCCGAAUAUAUGUGGUCAGCUUACUGCUGUCAGAAGUACAGCCAGAACCUUCCAGAGAGCCUGAAAGGCAUGUUCCCAACGUUUGGAGCAAUUGGCAGGAAUGAUCCGAACAGUACCCAGGAGAUUGUACCGGUGGACCCGCAUAAAAAGAAAGAAGAGCAAGGAUACGAUGUUCGGUCAAUGCCACUGCCGGAUUUGGAGGGGUACUUGAAGGAGAGAUACAGGAUGUCCAUCAGUGUUUUCGAUCAGCAGUGCUCAAGGGUAUAUCCAACAGCAAAUUGAUUUUUUUUUCCAGAAUAGACAGCAUUUCGAUCUACGAAACUGUUCAUGUCAAACAUCAAAUUGUUUUCAGGAUAAAAUAAUACAUGAUCUUAAUGUAGCACACAGGUGCUAGGUCAGCUUAUCCUUCAAACUGUGACUGUUUACACUAGCAUGCUUCGAAUGAACCAAAUAACUAAUGUUUGUAAUAACAACUGAGCUUGUGUAUACACAAGGUACUGUUUUCUAAAAGAUUUCACAGUAAAUUAUUAUUAUUAUUUUUAAAUGGAUAUAGAUUAAGAGUAAUCAAAACAAUCAGUAAAAAUAUUUUAAUAUUCUGCUUAUAUUUUUUAUUUCUCAGUCAUGUACAUGAUAUGGUCAGAUAAUUCUAUUGUAUCUAUAACGGAAUAGAAUUUUAAGCACUGGAUUAACUGGUCUAUUCACUUGCAAAUUACAGCCUGGAAGUCGAUUUUUUUUCUUUCUAAAUAAAUUAAAUGAUUAAAAAACUAGCCUAUUUUUUAGAUUCUGCCAGCAGAUGUCAGCAUUUGGUAACGAAAACUAUAUAGAGAGCAAGAUCACAGUCUUCAUGACUUUCUUUAAAUCCGUAAGGAUCCUAGCGUUUAAGUUGUUGUUUUUGUGUUUUGCAAGUGAAUGUACCAUUAUACCUUAAUACUGUGAAAAACAAUUAGCAACACCUUUAGCAGUCGAGGACUGAGGGGAUGUCUUUUUGUUAAACUGUGUUCAUCUCUUUAGCACAGUUUUAGAGACUUGUAUAAGAUUUGAAAGCUGUUCUGGUGGCAUGUGUUGGUACAAACACCAUAAGACACCAUGUUUUUUGUUCUUUUUUCUUUUCUUUCAUCACCAAUUCUACCUUAUACCUCAGGGAUAACUUUUUUAUUACCUCAGACUAAUGUGUCUUUAUGUAUAAAUGUUUGUAUUCUAACUGCAUUCACAUUUUUAUAAUUACCUGAAUCUGAGAAUCUGAAUUAAAAAUCCAGGUGAAAGUUCGAGAACUUCCACCAAUGGGUAUAAUCAACAA